GUUUAUGUAAGAGAUCUAUAUUGGAGUUGAUAACCCAAAUUAUCUAAAGUUUGAUGAUGGAGAAGUCUUAGGGGCAUAUCCUUUUCCUCACAUAAUAUCAAAAAUUGAUGUCGAAUUCAACCAAUCCCAUGUUAUUGGAGUCAAUGUUACAUACAAAGCUGGAAAUGGAUAAUUUGUAUUAAUUAGAUUUUAUUAAGGUAUCUGGUCAAUCCAGUCUCAAGUUCAAGAACACUCCCGCUUAUAUUAAGACUUUUAUUGUCCCAGAAGGUAGAUAAUUGUUUUUAAAAUAGGCGAUUUUUUAUCUGAAAUAAAUGGGUGUUUUGAAAAUGUCAUCAAUUCCAUAGGAUUUGUUACUUACAAAGGGUAUAAGGAAACAUUUGGAAAUCCCAUUGGGGUCUCAUUUAGACACUUUUCACCAUAAAAUACUUUCACAGCUGCAAAAGGAUCCUUCGACAAAUGGUUAAAUUUUAUUGCAUUUAGAGUUGUACCAUUACCACCAUAUGCAAUGCAAUAAUUUGUAAGUUAUUUUUCAUAUACUUACUAGAAUUCAGGAACCAACUAAAAUCAAUAGAUGAAUCAAGUUCCUCCAUAAUAACCCGUAUAACAGUAACCACCUCCAUAAUACCCUUAUCCAUCUAAUAAUUAUCCACAAUAACAACAAUAACAACAAUAUCCACCUCAACCUCCUAUUUAAUAAGGAUAUGUGCCUCCACCUCCACCUCCUCCUAUGUAAUAAGGUUAUGUGCCUCCUCCUCCUAUGCCAUAAGGCUAUGCCCCACCUCCUCCUCCUCCAGGUUAAUAACCAUAUACUCCUUAUCCUUCUACAUAUACUCCCCCAUAUACAGGCUAUCCAGGAUAGUAACCAUAUCCUUAUGUACCUAUUUUCAUUAUUUUAGCCAACUUAUUAACCAUACCCAUAAUAAAACUCCACAACCAUAGUUGAGGUAAUAGAAACUAAUCCAUAUGGAGGUGGUUACAACUCAGGCUAUAACAACUACUACAAUUAAAGACCAGGAAUGGGAGUUGGAGCAGCAAUGGGUCUAGGAAUGUUAACAGGAAUGGCAGUGUCAGAUUUGACUCAUCAUAAUCAUCAUGGAGGAAUUUAUGACGUAAAUAUAUUUGGUAUAAAUCAUUUCUUAUCAAAGGAGGCCAUCACCAUCACCAUCACAGAUAUUGAUUUUGAUAUUAUAAGAUGGAAAUUAAAAUUUAAUAACAUUAUU